CUGUGCGGAGGCUGAUAUAUCAAGGAUGAGAGAGCGCGGAGGGAGGGUCUUCGUUUGGUUGGUAGGAACAGGCACAUUGUAAACAACCACUCCGUGAAGUAGCCCACUCAAACUACAUCAAGGCGAAGCCAGCAUUUUUUAAAUCGCUGUCUAUCCAGUGUAGUCUAUACUCGUGCGGCAGAGACAGCCCAGGUACAGACAUAACAUAUCAAACAGACACUGAAGCCGAAUGUGGAUUGCUGCUGUACUUUCAGUAUAGAUGACACACAGCGGAUAUAUAAGAUGAACCACCAUGUGACCUUGAUCGUCCUGUGACAUCACACCGACACUGAGACGGCGGGUGGGUGGAAGGACACACACGGAGGGACGCAGAGCAGAGUACCGAGAGGAGAGCAUAGGAGAGGCUACAUACUUAAACAGCGCAGCAUUGCUGUGAGGAGGAUUCAAGCCCCUUGUAGAGGAUCUUGAUACCAUUUGGCUUUCUGCUAAUACAGUCAAAUAAUAAGAGACAUUCUUCUUUGUCAUCUUGGUUUGUGUUGCAGUAGUCAAAAACACCAGCAUUUCACAACAAAGGGUCCCAAGCACCUUUCCAUUUGUUUACGCAAGAGGAUAAGAGUUGAGCACGUUCUCGCCUUCUUCUGAAACUAGCCUUGUGAAGCCAGCCUAUUCUGUUUAUAGUAAGUGAAACGAAACGUGAGCGCAACGGUCAGUCUGCUCGGCCAGGCUAUCGAGGACCCAUAAUAACAAUCCAUAACAAAAUGGAGACUCUGUCUCUCUCACAGGACUCCAUCUUGGAGUGUCAGAUCUGUUUUAACUACUACAGCCCGCGGCGGAGGCCCAAGCUGCUGGACUGCAGACACACGUGCUGCUCCGUGUGCCUGACCCAGAUGAGGUCCAGCCAGAAAGAGAUCCGAUGCCCCUGGUGCCGCAGCGUCACCAAACUCCCUGCCGGCUUUUCCGUAUCCCAGCUCCCCGACGACCCCGACAUCAUCACCGUUAUCGCCAUUCCGCACGCCUCCGAGCACACGCCGGUCUUUAUCCGCCUGCCUAGCAACGGCUGCUACAUGCUGCCCCUGCCUGUCGCCAAGGACAGGGCACUGUUACCCGGCGAACUGGGCUGCCGGUUCUUGCCAGGUGGCAGUGGGCAGCAGAAGGUGGAUGUGGCGGUGGUGGCUAUGCCUGAGUUGCAGCCCCUGAGUUUGGGUAUGAGUCUCGAAGGCCUGGAGGAGACAGAGAGAAGGGGAGUCGGGGGAGGUGGUGGUGGAGGGGGGAAGGGCUCCACGUGGUCCGGGGUGUGUACAGUGAUCCUGGUAGCCUGCGUCCUGCUCUUUCUCCUGGGAAUCGUGCUCCACAACAUGUCCUGUAUCUCUAAACGCUUUACUGUCAUCUCCUGCGGCUGAAGGGAGGGGCCAGAAGGCAUGUCAAUUAACAUGCCUCUCCCACCCCCUACUGUGGCUCCACCCCUCCUCAGCCAGGACUAUGACGAGAAUAAGGGAUUUUUUUACAUAUCAGGGGUGGCCAAGGAAACUGCCGACAGACACACAGAGAGUGAGACAACCAGGACAACCACGAACAAACUAGGGAAAGAAUCUUGCCUCCAAUUGUUGACUUGGAGUUAUUCUGGAUACAAAUACUCUCUCCCUCUGAUUUGGGGUACCCUAUGGACCUGGGGCCAAUGGUAAUUCACCAUUGGCGAUCUGUCCUGGUCUGUUUCUUUCUGUGGUCAGUAGAGUUACUUCAGUCAGUGAUCAUGUUGUUUAGCUAAGUGUCAGUACUGAGUACACAUCUCCAGCUGGAGCUGCAAUAUACAGUGUUAGGACCUUUUGGCAGACCUGGGAUCAAAUACUUUAACAAUCUUUUCAAAACCUUUAAGUGAUUGCUUGAGUCUGUCUGGAGUGACAGGUGGGCAGGAAUUGGCGUUUUUGGGACUUUUCUAUUGGUUUAUUAAGCCGGGAAAGUUUAAACGGGCAGAGAUGUAUUUUACAUUGAUUUUUCAAGUAAUUGAAACCCAGAUCUGCUUCUAGGCUGCUUUUGUCUUUGCUGCGAUUUAGCAGUGUAUAAAUUAGCUAUGUACAGUCCACCAAACCACCGUUGCCCAUAAAGGGACUGCAUAAAGGGACUGAACAAUCAAUACUGGUGGUGGUGGUUCACUGUGGUUGUGUUCCAAAUGGCACCCUAUUCCUCAUAUAGUUCUCUAUUUUGACCAGUGCCUAUAGGGGUCUGGUCAAACAUAGUGCACUUGAAAAACAAGUAUUUCGCUGCAUCUUAGAUAACAUCUGCAAAUCUGUGUUUUGUUAUUUGAUAUUGGGAAUAGGGUGCCAUUUGGGAAGCAAGCCUGUGUUUCUUAUUUUCUCAGAAUCACUCUAACGUUCUGAAAACAGUGUUUACCUACUGUUGCUCCAAUAUGUAAUGCAGUACUGUAUGUAUGUAUGUAUGUAUGUAUGUGUUUGUAUUUUGAUCAAUAAUGUGUUAAACACAAAAACAGGGAAAUAUGUGAUUGUGUGUUGUGCUAUAUACAUAUAAACCAGCCUAUAUUUGACAGAAAGCACACACUACAUGUAUUCAGUAGCCAGCCAGCCUAAAGUAAUAAUGAUUAAGUUACUGUUGAGUAUUACAAUUAUUUGCCUAACCCUGAUGCCCUUUACUGAGAACAGAUGGACAUUGCUUUUAAUAUUAAACUCUCUCGCUAAGUCCCAAAUGGCACCCUCUUCCCUAUAUAGUGCACUACUUUUGACCAGUCAAAGGUAGUGCACUAUAUAGGGAACGGGGUGCCAUUUAGGAUGCAACCUAUGACUUUGACCUGGUUAUCAGCCCUUACACUCUAUAUCUACUAUCAAUCUCCCUUUAGGUUAAUACUAUAUUUGAUGUUUGUAUGGGGGGUGUUGGUUCACAGUGAGGUGGAGUGUGGGUGC